ACAUGGUACUCAUUCGAACGGCUCGCGCUGGCAAAGCGUCAUAAAGUGAAUAGUUUCGGCAGUGUUUUCGUGAGUACAAUCGAUGCGAGAUAAUUUUAGCUGAUCGAAAAUAAACACAACUGUGCCACAUAAAAUGACGAAAUUCGAGUUAGUCAAAGUAUCCGAGCUUCUCUCGAAACAUUUCAAAAGCAAUGUGGAAAUCCUGGAGAAAAAUGCGAAAAUCCUGACGGGACCCGGAGAACAUUACGGGAGUAUCAUCCUAAAACUGGACAUGGUCGUUAAAAUUAACGGCGUGCAAAAAACUUUGAACUUGGUGGCGAAACAAAUACCAGUGAGUGAACUCCUUCAGAAAGCCUUUGACGUUCAAGUUACGUUUAAAAAGGAAAGUUUCGCAUACACCGUCACCAUACCGACCCUCAUUGAGUUUCAGAAAGAAUUCAAUUUUCCCGAGGAAAAGUUGCUCACCUGUUUUCCGGAAUGUUUUGGCUCGCGCUUCAAUUUACACGGAAACGAUGAUAUCGUUGAUAGUAAUGCGGUUCUCCUGUUCGAGAAUUUAAGAGAGCAAGGUUACAAUACUAUGGACAGAAUUGUCGGUUUCGAUUUGCAAGGUGCUACAGUAGUAUUACAAGACUUAGCCAGAUUUCACGCUGUACCAAUUGCCUUGAGGAUACUGAGGCCAGAAGUCUUCGAGGAGAAAGUGAUGCCUGGAUUGGUUCAGCAUAGAGGACCCGAACAACUUGGUCCAGAGGUGAUUGACGUGUUCCACAAUUCCAUAAUGAAAGCUGCGAUGCAGAGUGAAGAGCUAAAACCCUAUUGGGACAGAAUGCAGAAAGUUGUAGAUCAUUUUGCUGCAAACCCGUAUAUUAUACGACCAGCACCGAGCAAGCACUACGGGACCAUAUCCCAUUGCGAUAUAUGGACAUCGAAUAUUAUGGUCCUCAGAGACUCUAAUGGUGUAACAACCAAAAGUAAAAUACUAGACUUCCAGUUGACAAAUUAUAGUUCACCAAUCAGAGAUUUGAUUUUUUUCCUCUUCACGAGUGUACAAAACGCAAUUUUAGAAGAAAAUAUAGAUUAUUUCAUCAAAAUAUAUUAUGCCUCUUUCAUCGAUACGUUGAAAUAUUUCAAAAUCGAUAUGGAGCCAUAUUCUUGGGAUAACUUCAAUAAGGAGUUGAACGCAGUGGCUCCAGAUGAGGUGUACCACGUUUUGAUAAUGCUGAAAAUCAUUUAUUCUCAGAGAGGAAAAGUUACCAAUACCCUCGACCAUUUUGAGUUAACUGACUGGACAAGAGAAGAUCUGAUAGGAGAUGACCACAGGGAGAAAAUGAAGAACACAGUAUUAGCACUUGCAUCGAAAAAUUGGAUAUAGUUGUUUUCAGCAGGAACAUUCCACGAGCUUUUUCAUUGAUUCCACUAUAAAUGAGAGUAUGUGAAACAUUCAUUAUAUUGAACACAUUUUUUUAUCCACUGCCUCACUCUGUAUACUGAAAUUUUCACUCUACCUGUUGAAGAUUCAGAUGAGACAUGGAAAUUUAAAUGGAGGUAUUCCAUGAAGAGUUUGAGUUCCUUAUUUUCAUUUUAGCAUUCCGUAUAAACAUUCAACACAGUUCUUCAUGAAAUCAGGGAAUAUUAAAUGAAAACAAGACCUAAUUUGGCUACUUAAAAUUAUUAAAACUCAUUUUGGGGCUAGAAAAUAUGAAAUUAUAAGAAUUACCCACUUAUUUCUCUUCCAUAUAAUUAUGAAUAGAGCUCAUACUUUUGUUAUGAGUUUAUUGGCAUAUUUCCAUAAUAAACGACUGUUGCAUAA